AUGGGUUACUCGUCUCAACCACAGCAUGAUGACCGCUACGCCAUGGCUGAACAGUAUAUCCAGGUGAUGUACAAGCUGUUCGAGUCGUCGUGGCGGGACGAUGCCGUCAAGUUGGACCGGCAGACCGGUGUGUACAGCGACCCAUCUCUCGUUCGGCAAAUCAACCACAAGGGCAAGUUCUUCGACGUCCCGGGUCCACAUCUCUGCUCGCCGUCGCCACAACGCACGCCCCUGCUACUACAAGCAGGCACGAGCUCCAAAGGCAAAGUGUUCGCGGCGCAGCAUGCCGAGGCUAUCUUCGUGUCCCACCGUUCGCCCGACGCAUGCAAGGCAAAUAUCGCAGGCGUCAGAAGGCUGGCAAAGGAGGAGUUCGGGCGGUAUCCCCAGAACCUGAAAGUUCUGGCGCUGGUGACGCCGAUUCUGGGCCGGACGGAAGAGGAGGCCCAGGCAAAGUAUGCAGAUUACAAGCAGUAUGCGGACCUAGAAGGUGCGUUGGCGCUGUUCGGCGGCUGGACUGGAAUCGAUCUGAACCAGUACGAAGAAGACGAAGAGCUGACGUAUGUCGAGAGCAACGCCGUGCGCGCGGCAGUCGAAAGCUACGCACGGUUCAGUCCCGGCGUCGGAAAGUGGACCAGGCAAACGAUCGCGGAGCAUGUGAGCAUUGGCGGCAACGGGCCCGUGCUGGUCGGCACGCCGGGCCAGGUGGCGGACGUUCUUUUCGAGGACGUGGUCGAGCUGCUUGUGCCAGAACUACGGAAGGGAGGUUUGUUUUGGAAGGAUCACGCCGUCCCUGACGGGGCGUAUCGCGAGAACUUCUAUGGACGACAGGGCCAGACGGGACCGCUCGAGGAGCAUGUAGCAAGUCGGUACAGGUGGAGCACGGGGGCGAGGGCGGAAGAGCACAACAUUCCAGCUUAG